AUGGGUAACAAAAACUCAAGCAAAGUUGAUUCUACAAUUCUCACACCGAAAGCUAUACAAAUGCUGAAAGCUAAUACACAUUUCAGUGAAGAACAAAUUCGUGAAUGGCAUGCUGGUUUCAUACGUGAUUGCCCAACUGGACAUCUGACAAAAGAUCGAUUUAUUUCUGUUUACGAACAAUUUUAUCCAGGCGGUAAAGCUAAAGAAUUUUGUAAAUAUGCUUUUGCCACAUUCGAUCGUGAUAAUAAUGGAACAAUUGAUUUCACCGAAUUCAUGCUUGCUAUUGCAAUGACACAAUCGGGGGAUCUUGAUGAGCGUCUUGCUCUUGCAUUUGAUAUGUAUGAUUACAAUAAUACGGGAACAAUCGAUACAACCGAACUGACUAAAGUUAUCUCUGCUAUGUACGAUCUUACUGGAGAAACCAAUCGUAAAGGUGAUCAUGAUCCAAAGCAUCGUGCUGAAGAAAUUAUUCGUAUAUGUGAUGUUACUGGAAACAAGAAAUUAACGAAAGAAGAAUUCAUUGCUGGAUGUAAAAAUGAUCCGAUUAUUCGUCGUUUACUAGUUCCUAAUGUUUGA